AUGGCUUUCAGGCCAGAAGCAGAUCUGACCUGCUCCAUCUGUCGAGACGUUUUCAAAGAUCCAGUUGUGCUGACAUGCAGCCACAGCUUCUGCAAUAACUGCGUGAAGUCCGUGUGGCCGCAGUACAGAGGAAAGGAAACGAGGACUCUGGAAGGAGUGUGCAGCGUUCACUCUGAAAGGUUCAAACUGUUCUGCCUGGAUCAUCAGGAGCCUGUGUGUGUCGUCUGUCGAGAUUCCCACGCACACAGCCAGCACAGAUUCAGGCCAAUCGACGAGGCUGCACAAGAAGGAAAAAAGAGGCUCCAGGUGUCGGUGCUGCCCCUGAAGAAGAAGCUGAAGCUCUUUGAAGAAGCCAAGGAACAAUUUGAAGAAAAAGAGAAGUACAUGAAGACCCAGGCUGAGCACACAGAGGCCCAGAUUAAAGAGCACUUCAAGAAACUUUACCGGUUUCUGCAAAAGGAAGAGAAGAAGAGGAUCGCUGCUUUAAGGUACGAAGGAAAGAACAACAGGAAAUGGUUCAGACUUGACUUUGAUGACCUGAGCAAAAACGUAGCUUUGCUUUCAGAAACCAUCAGAGUCACGAAAAAGGAGCUGCAAGCUGAAAGUCUCACUUUUCUGCAGCACCUAAAUACUGCAGAGGAAAACAUCCAGCGGUGCAUCCAGCUGAAGGACCCUCCAAUGGAGGACACCAUCUCCUGCACCCCUGUGUUCCUGGACCCCAGCACGGCUCAUCCUCACCUCGCCGUCUCAGAAGACCUGACAAGUUUGAGGUAUAGAAGGAGAAAAAAAGUUCUUAAAAUACAAGAAACGAUCGACUACUACCGCUGCGUCCUGGGAUCUGAGAGCUUUAACUCGGGAUCUCACACCUGGGACGUAGAAGUCGGAGACAGCGGUCACUGGGGACUGGGUGUGGCGGCCUGGUUAGCCUACAGGAAGAAAGACUUAAAGUCUGGAUUGUGGAUCAUCAAGUUUCAGCGUAACGAAUAUUCAGCGAUGUCUCCGCAGGAUGAGGUGAGGCUCCGCCACGUAAAGACGUUUAAGAGGAUCAGAGUCCAUCUGCGGUGCGACAGAAGAAAACUGUCGUUUUAUGACCCUGAAACUGGAGCUCACAUUCACUCCUUCACACAGAUUGCAGACUCGCGUCUUUAUCCGUAUUUCAGCAACGGAAAGAGGUCCCCCGUGAGGAUUUUACCAGCAAAUAGCUCGACUAAGAUACCACCGCUAAUAAUUAUCGGUUUUAUAGUGAUGAUGAUGACUUUGGUUUCAAUUCUGACGCUAAUUUAGUCUGCCAUCAGAGCCGGCCCUAAGCAGAAGUGAACUAAUUGGGACGAUACAUCUAACAUUUUUUAUAUUUGCUUUGUGAGAAUGAGAAAACUGUCAAGUCUCAUUUAACUCCUUCAGCAUUGAUUAAAGUUUUUUAACAGUUUAAAAGAAUUAGCAAAUUUACUUUGUAAAAGUGUGUUUAAUUAUUGUGUUACUACAGUUAUAAUCUGAUGUGACGCAUUUAAUCUUUUCUUUGGGUUUAAGGUUGUUGUUUUUUUAUGUUUCUUUUGUUUGUUUUUUCCGCAAAUACAUUUCAGCAAAUAAUAACCAAUUAUCUCUGACUGCUUUUAA